CACUGGCGCACUGGAGCAGCCGUCGCCCCUCCGGCUCGCCGUCGUUUCCCGGCAUGCCCAGAGGCUGCGAUUGGUGGCGGUGUGAUGGCGGCUGUGACGGUGGGCCAUGACAUGUUUGAGGAGAUCGUGAUGGCCGAAGAGAGGUUUCAUGGUGAAGGGUAUCAGGAGGGGUAUGCUGAAGGCAGUUAUGUUGGAGUUUUUGAGGGAAGGAGAUAUGGAUCACUCCAUGGUGCCAAGAUUGGGUCUGAGAUUGGCUACUACCUUGGGUUUGCACGGACAUGGCAGUGUCUGCUCCAGAAAUGCACAGAUGAAAAGAACAGCAAAAAGAUAAGGGCUCUGGAUUCCUUAAUAAGGAUGAUUCAGAAAUCCCCAUAUGAAGAUCCUACUUACGAUAAGCUGCAAGAAGAUCUGGAAAAAAUCAGAGGAAAAUUUAAACAGGUUUGUACAAUGUUAAAUGUUCAGUCUGAUUUUAGAAUCAGUACUGAAAGCUCUUCCCUAACAUUUUGAAUAUAACAGAUGAAGGUAAACAUGGAUGACCAAAGAAGAAACAUUAAAAGAACAGAUAACUGGAGAAGCAUUUAUCUAUUCUUACUUUAAACAAAAUCACAGUAGUGAAGGAGUGCUAAGUAUUAAAGGGGAAAGAGAAAACCAUUAAGCUUGCCAGAGUACUUCUUGUAUGUCACUUAACAUUUAUUAUCUCCAAGUUUUACUUGAGAGCACUGAAACACUGUUAAAUAGAAAUAUUUGAUUUAACUAGCCUUGCACUGAAAGAUUUAAUUCCUCAAAAGGAAAAUGUACACAUUUGCAAUGUUUUCUUAUUUAAAGAGUGUAUGUUAGUUAAAAAUCUGUGUAUGCAGAUCAUGCAGUUUACACAAUGUGUAGGUAUUGUAGGUGAAGUAAAAUAUAAUUAGUUGCCUGUAAACUUUGCAGUAGGAAUCAUUGUGAGUAAAGGAUAGAAUGACAAAGGAAGUCAGAAUGGG